UCCCGCGGAUCAGCAGUCGAGCGCCUUCUGGAGCAAGAGACUGAGCCCGCCCCGCUGAGCAUCAGCCCGGGCUGCGCCGGUGAGGAUACCAGACGCGCUCAGCCCGGACAGCGGCGUCCGAUCGGCAGCGGGUCCCCGGAGCCUCCGCGGGGCUGGACGGGCUUGUAGGGAGACCGGAGCACCGACCGCAGCAGCCACGGCGGAUGAAGGAGACACACGUUUUACUCGCUGCUCGCUGUUUUUUUUUUCAGAAAGAAAAAAGUUUUGACACCGGGCAAAGAGAAGAAAACGCGGGACUCGACACGUUUACUGUCGGAGGAAACGUUGCCUGAGAAGAACAUCCUGUGAGAGAAGAUGUCAACGCUGAAAGAUGCCCGAGAUGCCCUCCAUCUUCUUCUCAUCUUUGGUGAACACCCUCACUGCAGCUUGAUUGAUGUGUUGGACGCCGCGUCCUCCCAGCCAUAAGGCGCCUGAGUGCAGGAGGCGUCCUGGGAUGAGAGCUCUCUGCCGCUUCCCCGUUUCCCCCAGACCUUCAGGCGGAGCGCACUGGGAGACACCGUGAGAGUGCGUGGUGUGUCAGCCACCGUCGGGUUGCCAUGGCUUUGGUUCAGGCGUUACCUGUGACCGUGACUGAGCGCCAGAACCCGGGUCUCGACGCGCAGCAGUGCCGGCCACUAUCAUCCCAUUCCCCGUCGGGCCCCUGCCCCGGCCCCUGCGGGCCCUGCAGCUCCGGCAUCACCAUGGGUUCUGUCAGCAGCCUCGUAUCGGGCCGAGCCUAUCAGGAGAGGCACUGCCGGGCCGCCAGCGAGUUCACCGCCAAGUCCCGACGCUCCACGCCGGCCACCAGUUGCUUCCGGCUCCAGGACGACACGCUCCGCAGCGGGAGCUCCCUGGAGCAGCUGCUGGUUAUCAGCAACCAAACGCUUCCCCAGGCUGAGCUCCUUCCCCCGCCGCUGCCCACCAAGAAGCAGCCCCGGCCUGGUAACUCCGCCGGGGCCACCAGUGGGACGGUGACCGGGGGCAGUAAUGGAAACUUGGGCUUUGUGAGCGACGAGGCGGCGAUUGGAGAAUGGAAAGACAACUCGGUGGUAGUAGUAGCAACCGCGAGCCCCUGCAGUGACUCAGAGGACCAAAGGGACAACAGGACCUCUAACGGCAACAUUGGAGGGCCUCCUCCCAAACUCAUCCCUGUGUCUGGGCAGUUAGAGAAGAACAUGGAGAAAGUGCUGAUUCGUCCUACGGCAUUCAAACCUGUCAUCCCCAAGAAUCGUCACUCUGUGCACUACCUGUCACCGCGGCCCGGAGGCAGCCUGACGGAGAGCCAGGCCAGCCUCAACCUCCUGCUGCCCCUCGCCGGGUCCAACGGCGCCAGCGCCGCAAACGCCAUCGGAGGGAGCAGCAGCUCCGGCUCUGAAGGGAAACGCAACUCCUACAGCGGAGGUCGUAAUGCUCGGGGCAGCCAGUCAUACUCCAUGUCGGACUCCGGGAGGAACUCGCUCUCCAGCCUGCCCACUCACAGCAGCACAGGCUACAGUCUGGCGCCCAGCGAGGGCUCCAGCUCCGGGGUGCAGCUGGAGCCCGUGCCGGGCUUGGGCCCAAACACUUCCGGUGCAAGUGGGAGCCACGGCCACACCAACUCGGACAGUGGACGUUCCUCCUCCAGCAAGAGCACGGGCUCAGGGUCGCUGAGCGGGCGCGGGCAGCCGCUGUCGGACAGCGGCUCGUGCGGUCACUCGCCGCCGCUCGUGGAGGGGUACGAGGCGGUGGUGAGGGAGCUGGAGGAGAAGCUGAGGGAACGAGACCAGGAGCUGCAACAGCUCAGGGAAAAUCUGGAUGAGAAUGAAGCUGCCAUCUGCCAGGUGUAUGAGGAGAAGCAGCGGCGCUGUGAAAGAGAGAUGGAGGAGUUGAGACAGAGCUGUGCACUAAAGAUGAAGCAGGCUUCUCAGAAGGCCCAGAGGGCCCAGCAGGUGCUACAGUUACAGGUAUUUCAACUACAGCAGGAGAAAAAGAAGCUGCAGGAGGACUUCUCCUCGCUGCUGCAGGACAGGGAGACGCUGGAACGGAGGUGUGCGACCAUCCAGAGGGAGCAGACUCAGCUGGGGCCUCGUCUGGAAGAGACAAAGUGGGAGGUGUGUCAGAAGACAGGAGAAAUCUCCCUCCUGAAGCAGCAGAUGAAGGAAAUCCAGUCCGAGCUCAGCCAGAAGGCCGGAGACAUCGUGGUGCUGAAGGCCCAGCUGAGAGAAGCGCGUUCUGAGCUGCAGGCCAGCCAGGCUCGAUCUCACGAGGCCGCCACGGCCCUGCGGACACGAUCUCUGGAACUGGAGGUCUGCGAGAACGAACUCCAGAGGCGCAAGAGCGAAGCCGAGCUGCUCCGCGAGAAGCUGGGCCGGUUGGAAGAAGAGUCGGCCCGCCUCCGUGACACUCUGUCCAAUUACGGCGUGCACUCCCUACCUGCAAAUCUAACCAUGAAGGGGCAAUGCAUGAGCCUCUCCCUCCAACAGGGGAGAGGAAUGGCCGGGAGGGGCGGUCCCAGUCCGUCUUUGUACCGAGAUGCAGAGGAGACCCAUCUGGUGUGGGGAGGGGAGAGUGAUGAAGCCAAGGCUCAGAGGCAGAAUGCAGAAGCAGUGUUGGGAUUCAGACAACAGGUGGACAGGCUGAAGGCUGAACUCAUGUACGAGAGGAGGACUAAUGAGGAGCAACUGUCCCGUUUUGAGGAUGAAAGGAGAGUGUGGCACGAGGAAAAAGAAAAGGUAAUCCGCUACCAGAAACAGUUGCAGCAGAACUACAUCCAGAUGUACCGCAGAAACCGGGAUCUUGAGCGAGUGAUGAGGGAGCUGAGUCUGGAGCUGGAGAACCGGGACAUGGACGACUAUGAGGUUCACAGUGGCAGCAACGACAUCCACUUUGAGGAAAUCACUGCCACAGAGAUCUAAUCACACUAACACGCACAUACACGCGCUCUUAUUGUAAUAUGUGCACGGGAACAUGGAAACAAAACACGAAAAAAAGACUUGGCCACAACUGGACCACUGAGUGAGCACUCGCCACUUGUCACUGUCGAAAGGGAAAUCCCCCAAAGGUGCAUUCUUUCUUCUGUACUCCAAUGAAUCUGUAUACAACAGGUUUUGCUCCACUACAAAGCCAGCACAAAGACUUCCUCGGACCGGGUUCGAAUCAGGAUUUCAAAAAUAGAUCGGGAACUCGAAGCCAAAAAAUGCACAGCAGUGUGAUCAAAGUGCAGUCACCCCUUUGGUGACAAGGUUAAACACCCGGGCCACCAGCACGCAACGAUGCAUCAUGACAGCAGUGCCAUCAAAAAGCCACCGCUGCUGGCUGCUAAUGAUGAUCUCACCAACUGGCCAAACAACAACAGCAGCAGUUGCAGUAGUCUUCUAAGUAACCGCUGAGGGCCAGAAAACACCAAACAUCUGCUCUUUGUGUUUCACCGCGUUGAAAGGAUCACCGGUUCCUUUCAUUUUAAAAAUGAUUAAGGAGUGAGAAUAUCGUUGUUCUUGUGCUAAAUUGCCUCAGCAGUGUGUAUUUCAAAAACAAAGAAUGUAUUGUGACUGUUAUCACACCAGAGAAAUGCAGUAUGAAAGGUCAUCACGGCCAAUUAGAGAAUCUGCUCACCCGGGGAAACAUGGUAGCUGUUUGCAGAACUUUUCCGUAAAAUUUUGUUUGGGAUACAACAAGCAAAUCCUCGAACCACAGCACACAUGUAGUUUUGAAAUCUAAAAAUCAUUUCUCCAACCGCGAAGAAACAGAAACCAAACGUUUGAAAGGCGCUUCUCAUGUUUGCUAGAACACCAACGUUCCCGCUGUGGCACCCGACCAGUGUUUUAUCUCAGACAGACAACACAGCGAGCUCUGACAUGAACAUACAUGUGCAUUUUACAAUUGUGUAGCACAAUAGGAAGCAGACCGUAGCAUGGGGAGUUAUCGCCAGGAUGCGCUUGAUUCUCCUCUCUCUUUCUAUUUCUGUGUUUGUCUCUACAUCGGCUCCCUCCUUCCAUCUGCAUCGCUGCUUUUUACUCUAUUUUUAUAACAGUCAGCAGUCGCUAUCAGGAAGCUAGAAAUGGAGCAUGUUCUUUCAGUUCGGUCAUGACGUCACUGAGAGAUUUUUAAUACAUGCUUAUUCAGAGUUCCCUACUAUUCUCCUUCAUUUCCAUUAGUACUCUUUAUUUAGCUUAUUUCAGCCAAAAGCCAAAUAACACUUUUAAAGUAAUCUUAAGUUUCCCCCUAGACUAUAAUCUUCACUGACGUCUAUACGGUAGCCAGGCUGGCAUGUCUGCAUGCUUUUGUAGUAUCAGAUUUAGAAGCUGGUAGUUCAGAUGGAGCUGAAGGGAGAAUUUGCCGAUGCAGUAGCUCACGGCAAGUUGGCUGUUAAAGCCCUGAAUAGUAACGUUAAUGUUUAAAGCUGUUCUUUCACAGUGUAUGCAGGGCUAAGGCUGAGCACGAUGGGUCUCUAUGGGGUAAAAAGUAAUUUGCUGACAACUUUUAUUUUACAAAGAGUCUUUAUCAAGGAACAACAGUUAAAUGGAAAUCUAUAUAAUGGAGAUGUUGUAUAUUUUUCUAUAUAAAGCACCUGAAGAUAUUUUGUUGUAGGACUGAUAUAAGUGUGGGUUUAAUAUACAACGUAUAAAAAACUUCUAACUGUAGAUACAUAUAUAUAUAUAUCACAUACCAAUUAUUCAAAUGAUGGAUCAGUUAUAAAUGGAGGCGGCAGCAUAGAAAGAGUGCACCUAAUACUGUAAUGCAUGAAAAUAUGUGUUAAUGUAUUAUGUAACCUGUGUGACACAAACUCUAGUGACCAAACUUUGCAGCUGAUAACAGUUGGCAACUUUUAGUUUAGGCUCAGUUUUUACCCGCCGACUCUCCAUUUUGAUUGAUCAAUUAUCUGAUUGUCAGUAUCAUAAUAUCGCACCAAUUCACGUCUUCAUCUUUGGGUUUUGUGCUUGUUCUUAGUUCAUAAAAGCAUAAGACAAGGUCAUUUUUGAUUAAGUUGAGUUCAAACUAAGAAAGUGUUGGAAACUCGAUAGAACCCCUUUCAGGAGAUUUGAUUAUCACAUUUCAAUUCAAUGUAGAUCAUCACGAGCCUGCAUAAAUGAGCAUAGCGAUGGGAGUGAGUGACUUUGAUUGAAGCGAGUGGUUUGGCCUUGUUAACAAGACCUCGACUGUUAUUCACUCACCGCAGAGGAGGUUCACAUUAAUACAGGCGAUGCAAACCAAACUGAAAUGUACUGCGUCACGGGCUUCCGCAUUUUCCUCAAAUCUCAGUUCUCUUCAUUGUUGAAUAACUGAUUCUGUGUAAAUAUGUAAAACACUAAAUAGAAUAACAGAGUGACUUUGUCUUUUAUUUAGACAAAAUAACUAUAUCAAAUGUAGCCACUGUGACUAGACCAAAGCAACGUAACACAUUUUCUUCUUUUUUUGUGGCAUUUUUCCUCAUCCUUUUGUGUGCAUUUUUUAAGUGUUAACUUACAUUGUGUCUUCAGUAAUUCAUGUAGGUAGUUGUCCAUGUAUAUUUUUUAUGUGUACAUUUCUUGUACAAGUGUUUUUAAUUAAAGAACACGUUGUCACACCUUAAA